AUGAAACUCGAUUUACCGCGUGAGUCAAGGCAUGGUAAUACUAGUUUCGCGAGUUGUUUUACCCUAGACAAGAAGAACAAUAGGUUCAAAGAGAUUAGGGUUGUGGCUUGCAGUGAUGGAUUGGUUUUGCUGCGACUCGAACCCGAUGACGAUGAGGAGGACAUGACGAUACGUUACUUCAUUGGGAAUCCUAUGCUACCACAAUGGAUUCAACUCCCUCCUCCUCCUCCUCCUCCUCUUCCUAGAGAGUAUCAUCCGCUACUCCAACAUGGUUGUUACAUUGACUCGGGACUGGUGACACGGGUGCACAACGGUGCCCUCUUAGGUUACAAGGUGGUUCGGAUACAUAGCCAAGCACUCCACGCGUAUAAUUUUGAAACAUGGAGUUUUGAGAUUUAUUCAUCGGAUACGGGUGAAUGGAGUGUUAAACAAGUUCUCCCUGGUCCUGAACUUUGUGGUCUCUCCAGAUCCAAUACCGUUUCUUUGAACGGGAAACUUCACUGGCGUGAUAUCUCUGGCCAUAUCAUUGUCCAUGAUUUCUUCUCUCACGAUGAUCAACUCCGAGCCAUACGCCUACCCGCCAGGAAACAAGGCGAACGCUAUCCAUUUUCUGUCAACCCUCCAAGCAAGAAGAUGAUCUACACCACAUCGCAAGGAUACUUUGUGCUUAUUAAUGUUGGAUUGAUGGAAGAUGUCAACAAGAGCUAUAACGUUACGAUUUGGAGGCUCAAGUGUGAUACUUGGAGCUGGGAAAAGGCUUGGGAUAUCAACUUGGCUUGUCUAGGGCUUGGCCGUAGCUGUGUUCCAGUGGCAAUCCACUGUUUUGAUAUCGACAUCAUCUACCUAUGGGACUUAGACACCAAAUGCUUCCUCGCUUGUAAUCUUCGGACAAAUACAAAAUCUUAUGGAGCUCGUAAAGAUGGUACUCCUCCCAUCGACUCUACUUCUCAAAACCCUUUAGAGACUCGUAGAACCGUCUACAAGGAAGAUGAUUUCUGCAUCGACCCACGUUCUUACGUUUCGCCUUUUUGUUCCGUCCUUGCAAGGAGUCCCGGUCCAAGAUAUGAUGUAGUGUUGAUCUAA